AGCCCAACCUGAAGGUUCGUCCAGCCCAAGUUGUUGCCAAGCCCGGCCCAAUAAGAUUGUUUUCGAGUUUCCUUCCCAAAAUCUGUUAUUACUGUUACGACUCGGGUCGGGGGUUAGGGUUUAAGGGGCAGCCAUGGAGGCGAAGAAGCUCCUCAAGGACAGGAAGUUCUGGUUCGCUUCCUCCCUCAUCGCCUGGGCUGCAGCUCUUCAGGGGCACAUGAUGUGGAUGCAGAAGCAGGACUCCUUCAAGCAGAAGUUCGGAACCCUAGAGCAAAGCGACGAUCGGCAAGACUAAUUCAAAAUUCUUGUGAGAUAGCAAAAAUGUAUUUAUUGUUGUUCAAUCUAUUAACUUUGAGACGUAAAGCAUGCGAUGGUUGCUCGUGAAACUGAUCGAUUCUGUGUUUUGAGAAAUCCGAUUUUAUAUUUCCAAAAUUUCCUUGUUUUGUUAUCUACAUGUGAAUUAAUUGUAUAAUUUUUUAAUUUGAUUAGUAACUGAACUGUGAUUAUAACAA